AUGUCCCUUUCCAAUACUCCAGUGUCUUCCAUUACUACCCCCACGUCUGCGUCGAUUCUCCCUACCCAACCCAUCCCGAAGAAGUCUCAACAAAUAAGAACAGAUAAACCUCGACCCCAUAUUUGUACGAUAUGUACCCGAGCAUUUGCCCGGUUGGAGCACUUGAAACGUCACGAACGAUCCCAUACUAACGAAAAGCCGUUUCAAUGUGCUGCGUGUGGCCGGUGCUUUGCUAGAAGAGACUUGGUGUUGAGACACCAGCAGAAGCUCCAUACGUCUUUGCCCAACGUGUUACGGAAGAACUCAACCCCUUCUUUUAGUGCUGCGCCUUCGAAGAACAGAAACGAUAGUAUGGACUCAGUGACUAAUGAAGACGAUGCAGCAGCAGCUGAAGCUGCUACCACCACCACCACCACCAAUACAACUAGCGGUACUAGUGGCACCUCUGUCGGCGCUACCCUUCCGGGUACUCCCAACAGCAACAACUCUUCCGACAACAACACUAACACUGCUGAUCACAUUAUUAUCCUCCACAACAACACUCUGGCUACAGCACCCUUGCCCAAUGAUCUGAAACUCAAGCUACAUGAUAUCAAUGAGCAGCCGGAUGUAUCCAGACCAAGUUUUAGGAAUGUAAGCUUUACUAAAAAUGGCGGUCCAGUCACAACAUCUCAUCCUUCCAGAAUGAACUCAACAAGUGGUGCUGCUAAUGCCACUAGCAGAAGCAGGGGCUCUUUGAGCAACGGGAAGAGUCCUCAAAAUGUCAUUCCCUCUCCCUUACCAACGUCCUCCAAUAACACUCCUCCUGCUACUGAAAUGAUGUCUUCCAACUAUGCAAACUUACAUAACUGGGGAGCCGGUGGUGGAAGUGGCCUGGCUCAUAAAAGGAACGCAUCAGUGUCGUCAUUAAGCUCACUAGACCCAAUAGCAUCGUCUAAAAAGUCUGCAAUUCCUUCUCAUAUUAAUAUUAGUAAGACUACAAAAUCUCAUAAUUUAAGACAUGCAUCCUUUUCAGCAUCCAGUGGGUCUUCUUAUGUCAACAUUAAAGAUGCAUUGAACAUUGAAAUGCACGACACUUUGGCUGAAGAAGCUCCUUAUAUGGUUGACUUUGCAACUCCACAACUUUACCCGACCCAUUAUGAUUUGGCUGAUGUCAACAACUUGCCGGCCUUGGACUUUAAUGACUUCCCUAUGGAGUGGAAUGCCACUGCCACAGUUUCAGAAGAGUUUAAGUCUGCUGCAGCACUCCACCCGCUGGUCACCACAGAUAAUUUUCACAAUGAGGAAGAGGGUAUUCAUAAUGAGAAUAGUAUAUUAAGUCAACCAAUGACGAAAACUUCCAGUGCCUGUUACGAUCCAAAUAUUAUGUCAGCUUAUCUUUUCCAAAACCCUAACCAUCCUCAUCAUAUAAAGGGCACAACUCCUAUCAAUGUGGAGUUGACUGAAUCUCCCGGAGACCCUAACCCAAAAACUAUGCCUACAGAACCAAAUACUAUUGGCCCUGGAGGAAGACACACUACACCUUUGGAUCUAAUGGGAACUCCUGCUACAACUCCUCAAUUGAAAGAUAUUCCUCCUCCACCUCCUAGUGUCCAUGCGUCAUCCAAUCAUGGAACUUCUACUUCGAUCAUUUCUGACCGUAGCUCCACUGCUCCUUCACCAUUGAAAAGGAAAUCAACUCAAUCACAGAGCCCCACAACUACUGCUCCUUCCACGAAUAAUUCUUCCAUUGCUGGUAAUGUCAUAAAGAAACCAAAGCUUGUAAAUGACGAAUUAACGGACAUUGAUUGGUUGACAGAAAUCAUCAACACUUCGUAUUCCCAAAAUACCAUUCCAACAGCAUCCCAUCAUAUUGGAUUUAUUGACUCUCCGCCAAACAUUGAUAAAUUGUCUUCCAAGCUUCCAUUGCAUACUAUGUCCCUGGCACUAAACUUAUCCCAGUCACAUGUUAAUUCUUCAAGUUAUUCUGAGCAGCAACAACAGCAACAAUCCACUACAACUGCUACUAUUAAAAUGCCACAGAUUGCAAGCACUAGACCCUCACAGCAAAACUUUUUACCUGGAGGACAUUUAUUGAACAACACCAACUUGCUGCCUGUCCCCUCUGGUUCUGAAGCUUCUUUGUCACCUCCUAGUCAACCGCAACAAUUGCAUAAUCACCAUCAACCCAUUGAACAUAUUGGUGGUUUAGGUGGAGGACCACUUGGAGCUGGAAUUGGAACCACAACUAAUAAUCUGAACCAUCAACAACGUCGUGGUGAUGACUUUGAAGACUAUUUGGAAAUAGGUUCUAUUUUCCGUAACAGACAAAUUGAUUUGGCCAAACAACAGUCUAGCUUCUCCUUGGUGCUGCUGCAGAUCCCUAAAUCGGAAUUGGAUAUAUUUAUUAGUCCGUUAUCUCAACCUUAUUUAAUGGGUGUAUCCAAUUCUCCAUAUGUCACCGAUGAUUUCAGAAGUCGAAUUAUUAAGAUGUCCAACUUACCCAAUGAAAAGAACUACUUCCCUCCUUUAGAAGAUUUGAACCAAUACAUUAAGUUGUAUGAGACUGAAUUCAAUAAGUACUUUCCGUUUAUCCACAUGCCUAGUCUUCGGAACUUAGUUUACCGGAAUGAAUCUAUACCUUUGGUGCUUGCUAUGUUUGCCAUUGGUUCGCUUUAUUCUUACCAUGAUUCGAACUCCAUUCUUUUGUUCAAUUUAUCGAAGUUCCAUAUCCACAACUUCUUUGAAAAGGAAAUCACCUUAGAUAACUUGCAGUUCAAGAAGGUUCCUCUUAUGGUUCAUCAAUGUUUGGUGUUGCACAUUUUUAUUUCCAUGUUUUUAAACCAAAGUCAAAUGAUUGAUCUUACGCAACGUCAAUUGAAAUCAAUGAUUGGACUUAUUAAAUCAACCAAUUUUGAUAAGCCAUUGGAGAAGUUUCUCAUACCUCCUAACCCCAAUAAAGAUGACGCAGACUUUAAUGCCAUACAACUGAACUUUGACUAUUUCAUUAUGGCUCAAAGUCGGAUUAGAACAAUCCAUGUUUUUGAAAUGUUGCUGGUAUUCAGAAACUCACUAGUUGGUGAUCCUAUAUUGUUUUCAACCCAAAUGAUUAAGUCAGGUAAUCACUGUUCUAAUGAAAACUUUUGGAGAUGUCGUGAUUCAGGUGAAUGGUUUAAAGAAUAUUGUCGUGUCAGUGGUUCAACUAUCAUUACAGAUAUCGUUGGACUUUCCAAUGGAGAGUCGAACAUUUUAUCUCAUUUGAGUACUUAUGAGUCCAGCAAAACACCUUUAUCCUUUUUCAACUUGUUGUCGAUUCUUAUUUAUAUCCAUGAGCAGAUCCAGAACAAGCGGGUUCGCUAUAAGGCUCAUGAUUAUGUCAAUUGGCAACUCGGAGUAAAGCCAGAGGUCGAUGACAUGUUGACUCAAUGGGAAUACAUUUUUUUCAAUAAUGGUGGUGUUCUCAAGGUCAAUAGUCACAACAACCAUUUGCUCAGCUUACAUCAUGAAUUGAAGUUGAUCUUGCCAAUGUAUUGGCUUGCCAAAAUUAAGUUGUCUGUUGACUUGAGUGGAGUUUUAUUGCAAUGUAUUGGAAGUGAAUGGGACGCCAUGAAUAAGGAAAUCGACCUGCUUAUAUUUCAAAUUGAUGGUAUACGUGAAGCACUCCCCUAUGCCAUUGAAAUCUUACAGUUAUGGAACCACCAUUUAAAGAUUAUCAAUGACCUGAAACAAACCUCACUUCGUACCCCUGUGUUCUUUGUAUCGUGUCUUUUCAUUGCUCAGUUGAUUAUCCUGACAUAUGUUCAAUUCCUCGAGAGAGAACGAAUGCUUGUUCUUCAAGUUGGGGACUUGGUAAACUAUGGUAAAUGUGAACGUAUUCUCAUGGCUAUCAAGAACUGCUUGAACAACGAGCGUACAGGCCAAGACUUGGAAAUCCUGAAGGAAAUCCACCAGUUGUAUGACAACUUGUUAGAGGGAACUGACUCCGUAUCCAACUACACUACCAACUCGAACAACAAGAACUUCAACAAAUGGGUUAAGGCAUUUAAAAGAGUUAAUUUGGGGGUUAAGAGUUUAUAUUUGGGGGUGAACAUUUUAGCUGAUGCUCCAGUGUGGCCUUUGAGCAUGACAUAUGCCGAGGGAUUGAAGAAGCGUGCAAAGUACUUGACUAAAUAA